UGUUAACAGGUGACGAAAAUACGCUUAAACGAUUAAUAUUGGUGACUGCACAUCAUAACUCUUGAGUAUAAAACGUCUAGCAUGUCAAGACGCACUAAAUUAUCCCCUGUGCUCUCUUUUCGUCAUGGCCGGAGAGCAAACAUUAUCCGUUGCCCUUCGUAACACAUCCACUUUUACCAGAGUACUCUGUUGUUUUGCUUUGGGGCGCCCCGAUCUUGAAGACCACUGGGAGUCGCUACAAUCAGCGGACACAUUCGAAAUCGUGAGGGGCAGGAUGUACUCUAUUCUGACUGUCAACGUCACUGCAGCGGGCCUGCUUCUUGCUACCAGUGGUGUUUUCGUAACCACAAGCUCUCCUGUACCAGAUUUCGACUACACUAUGCCUGGCUCCUAUUUUCCACUUUUUAUGUCACUCAUGCUGGCCAUGAUUGCAAUGUUGACAUCUGGCCUGAGCAUGAUCCGCUGGCAACGCGCCAAGCGGCAGCGAACUCGAGAACAAUUCGAGUCAGGCGGCUACUUCCUCUUGUCCUACCUUUUGUCCAUCGUUAUGCCCAUGUUCUUUGUUGUCGCGUCCCUGAAUUGUUUCGUGGUUGCGAUGGCGAUAGCAGGCUUCUACUCCCAAAACAUGGUCUGCCGCACCCUGACCGCGCUCUGGUUGGUUAUGUACGUUGUCAGCAUUGGGAUGAUAUUGAUGGGACUUGUGUGGAAGUAUGUGAACAACUCAAGUGGCGCUCAUCUUGAUUCCCACCCUUUUUCACCAUACUGAACUACAUAAUGUGUAGAUCUAUAGGAAGUUAUAGCCAAGGAUGAUGGUUUUCUCUACGGAUGCUACCGAUGUUCCACUCAUGCCCGUUACCCCCAUGAACCUUACGAUACUCGUUGUAAAUGCGUUGUCUUUGUUUUGCAUUGUACUUGCUAUGUUUUCGCUAUGUUUCACAGUUUUUGAAUGCCAACUUUAUUUAUAAGAGUACUAUUUAUCAGUGGAUGAAUAGUGACUUCCCGCAGCGUUUGGGCCAUUGUUCUAAAUCUAAAUCUAUGUUCUAAAGUCCUCCUGCCGAUGUGCCGUCAUCAAACGUCUGUCUUAAACACCCAAUCUAU